AGAGAGAGAGAGAGAGACUUGAUCGGGGAGGGGAAGAAGUGACUCGUGGGAUGCGAAGUAGCCGGCGGCAAGAAAGACGUAGGAGGGAGAGUGACUGACAGACAGACGCAUAUAGAGAGAGAAACAUCGGAGAGAGGAGCGGGAACUAAAUAGGGGAGAGUGAUAAAAUAUCCCGGCGAAUUUGGAGCCCGGCGUCCAGGCUUGCUCACACACACGGACGGCGGACACUGCGCGGAAGAAAAAGUUCAGAUCCCACGAAUCGGCGCGUGGGAGUGGGAAGCAGGGUCGUGACUGACUGAGGCAAGCGCCGCUGUCUGUCUCGUCAUGGCAGGACCUGGAGGUGACAUGCAGUGGUGCUUCUCUCAGGUGAAAGGAGCCAUUGAUGAUGACGUAGCUGAAGCGGACAUUAUAUCCACAGUUGAGUUCAACCACACAGGGGAGCUGCUAGCCACUGGAGACAAGGGGGGGCGUGUAGUCAUUUUCCAGCAGGAAAUAGAGAAUAAGAAUCAGCCUCAGUUCCGGAGCGAGUACAAUGUUUACAGCACUUUCCAGAGCCAUGAGCCCGAGUUUGACUACUUGAAGAGUUUGGAGAUAGAAGAGAAGAUCAACAAGAUUCGCUGGCUUCCGCAGAAAAAUGCUGCUCAGUUCCUGUUGUCAACUAAUGAUAAAACAAUUAAAUUGUGGAAAAUCAGUGAACGAGACAAGAGACCAGAAGGCUACAAUCUCAAGGAGGAGGAUGGACGCUACAAAGACCCCAACACUAUCACAUCACUGCGGGUGCCAGUUUUAAUACCUAUGGACCUCAUGGUGGAAGCCAGUCCACGGAGGGUGUUCGCCAAUGCUCACACCUACCAUAUCAACUCUAUCUCAGUCAACAGUGACAAUGAGACCUACCUGUCCGCAGACGACCUCCGCAUCAACCUCUGGCACCUUGAGAUCACCGACCGCAGCUUUAAUGUUGUUGACAUUAAACCGGCCAACAUGGAGGAGCUAACAGAGGUGAUCACGGCAGCAGAGUUCCAUCCUCAUCAGUGUAACACCUUUGUGUACAGCAGCAGCAAAGGCACCAUCCGUCUGUGUGACAUGAGGGUUUCAGCAUUGUGUGACAAGCACUCCAAGUUGUUUGAGGAGCCGGAAGAUCCUAGUAAUCGCUCCUUCUUCUCCGAGAUCAUAUCCUCCAUCUCGGAUGUUAAGUUUAGCCACAAUGGACGCUACAUGAUGACCAGAGAUUACUUGUCUGUGAAGAUUUGGGAUCUGAACAUGGAAAACAGGCCAGUGGAGACCUAUCAGGUUCACGAGUAUCUGAGGAGCAAGCUGUGCUCGCUCUACGAGAACGACUGCAUCUUUGACAAGUUUGAAUGCUGCUGGAAUGGCAAUGACAGUGUGGUGAUGACUGGCUCAUACAACAACUUCUUCCGGAUGUUCGACCGUGGCCACAGGCGGGAUGUAACUCUAGAGGCCUCCCGCGAAAACAGCAAGCCCAUGCAGGUCUUAAAGCCCCGCAAGGUGUGUGCUGGCGGCAAACGCAAGAAGGAUGAAAUCAGCGUGGAUAGUUUGGACUUCAACAAGAAGAUCCUUCACACGGCCUGGCACCCCCAGGACAACAUCAUCGCAGUGGCGACGACCAACAACCUCUACAUAUUCCAGGAUAAAGUAAACUAGCUACGCGAUGAGCAUGUGUGUGAUCUUGUGUGGGUGAAGUCUUUUGUACCACCCAGCAGCCUCGCAGUCUCAUCGAGGGUGAUCUGUGGUAAUGCCGACAACCAGCAUCCAUGUCCGCCGAUACUGGGUGACCAGACUUUGCCACUUUGUUCUAGAUGUGGACAGAGGAAAACUCGCUCUUGCCCAUCAUCGGUCUGUGUGUGGCAGAGUGACACCUGCCUUGUUGUUUAAGUAAUGUUGUGCCAAUUUGUUUUCCUUUGUCAUGUUCUUUUUGCCAGCCGACAUGCCCUUUUCUUUUCUUAUGUGAGUAAAAAAAAAAACGUUUAAUUUCCUUAAACUUCUCAAUACAGACACUUAUUUUUAUAAGUAUCCCCCUCAGAUGGCUCUGUGGUAGAAAAUGAAGAACAUGUUAGUAUGUCCCCUUAUUGUUCUGUGCCAUUGUAGUGUUUAUUUUUCUAAGAAAACAUUGACCAUUUUUGAGUGUGUAUACACCUUUUAUUAAUUCAUCCGUUAUACUGUCUUUUCUUUGAGUCUCCUCACAUCUCCUGUGUUUCAUUAAAUCAUGCAUACUUCACAGUCACACAAGUAUGCUCACAGUUUUCUUCACAUGCUUGCUGCUCAUACUGGACAGCAGCACGUCAACGGUUGCCUCUAGGAUUUUGAGAAGUACAGUGUGUUUUCUCAGAUUUAGUCCAGUGAGGUGUCAUCCUGCUCUCAGUUGCUGUGCCUCAGGCUCUGGGUGGACAAACAGGCCCAGAUUCCCGGGGAGAUUUAUUUUUUUUUCUUUUUAAUUGGCUUUGUGUCUUCAUAUCUUCAUUCAUUGGUUACUCAUUUUGUGUUCAAUAGACAGGUAUCAAGAAAUGCCCUAUUCAAAGAUAAUUAUUAUGAUUGUCAUAUUUAUAUAAAAAACAAAACAAGAAAAAAAUCGAAAAUGUCACCAGAUUUGUUCCGUCCUAUUUUGCGAUAUGAAGCUGGACCUUUAAACAUAAUUUACCCUUUUGAGUGAUCUUAAGUAUUGUCUUCCCAUGGUGUACCACAGCUCUCAAGCAGCACUUCACAACAGGGAAAACCUUUGAUUUGACACUGGACUCUUGCCGCACCAAUUUAAGUACUUGGAUGUCUGUGUUGUAAGACUGCAAUUUAAAAGAAAACGUUAUUUGAGGCAUUAAGUCACUUAAAGUGUCUAAACUGCUGCAGACUUUACAGCUACUGUAUGUGAUGGUAGAAUAAGCUGCACAAGAGACCUGCAGCGCUGAUGUCUCCACAACCUAUUUAAAAAUGUGGACAGUUCAGAUUAAAUUGAUGCCUCUAGUAAUGUAUAACUACAAUUUUAGUCUAAGACAGUGAAAACAAUAAAGGAACUACUUUUUGCA